CUUCUUGUCCAAACCAGACAGAGAGAUAGAUAUCCAUAUGGAUAUAAAAUGGAAGAACAAAUGCGAGAUACGCCCCGUUUGAUUCUCCGCAAUUCCUAGGGUUUCGAAGGAUGUCUACAGUCGAAUUCCUACAACCAGGUAUCCGCGAUAGGUUCGGAUUCUCCACCUGCUCGAGUUGCAGUCUCUUGUACUCGAAUGCUUCGAGCGUUUUCUACGAUCGGUCUGUGGUUUUUCGCCAUAAUCCGAACCGCCUUGUUUCCAAUUCAAUCCCGCUCCCUCUGCAUAAGAAACCGGUUACAGUAUCGACACUCCCGGGUAGGUUUAGUCUCUGGGAAGGGUUUUCGGGGAAGAAGAGACGGGUGGAGGAGAGAAGGACCGUUGUGAACUGUCAAGAGAGCAAUCAGAAUGCUACUUCGAGUAGUGAUGGUGAAGGAGAUCAGAAUUCUCCGGCGAAUUCGGGUUCGUCGUCGUCGAAGCGGAAGAGAGAGAAGCAAGAGAAAGCUGAGCUAUGGUGGUCAAAGGGGAAGAAAUGGCAGCGGCAACCCAUACUCAAGGCUCAGGAGAUUGGGGUUUUGCUAUUACAAUUGGGCAUCGUCGUGUUUGUGACGCGAUUGUUGCGACCCGGAAUUCCGUUACCCGGGUCGGAGCCCCGGAGCCAGACGACCUUCGUGAGCGUACCGUACAGUGACUUUCUGAGCAGAAUUAACAGUAAUCAGGUGCAGAAGGUGAAGGUUGAUGGAGUUCAUAUCCUGUUUAAGUUGAAAGAUGAAGGAGAUUGGCAAGAGAGUGAGCCUAGUAGGCUUCCGGAGUCAUCAGAAUCUCUCUUAAGAAGUGUGGCUCCGACCAAGAGAAUUGUAUAUUCCACCAUGAGGCCGAGCGACAUCAAAACGCCAUACGAGAAGAUGCUCGAGAAUAACGUUGAAUUCGGGUCACCAGAUAAGCGCUCUGGUGGCUUUUUCAACUCUGGAUUGAUAGUUCUUUUCUACAUUGCGGUGCUUGCAGGGCUUCUCCACCGAUUCCCUGUUAGCUUUUCCCAGACUACCACUGGCCAGCUUAGGACCCGCAAGUCUGGUGGUCCAGUUGGGGGCAAGGUUUCCGGGCAAGGUGAAACGAUCACGUUUUCAGACGUUGCGGGUGUUGAUGAAGCGAAGGAGGAGCUGGAAGAGAUUGUGGAAUUUCUCAGGAAUCCGGAUAGGUAUACCCGUCUUGGUGCUCGUCCGCCUCGUGGUGUCCUAUUGGUUGGUCUUCCUGGAACAGGGAAGACCCUUCUCGCAAAGGCUGUUGCUGGGGAAGCCGAGGUUCCUUUCAUAAGCUGUUCCGCGAGUGAGUUUGUAGAGUUAUAUGUCGGCAUGGGUGCCUCACGUGUAAGAGAGCUUUUUGCGCGGGCCAAGAAGGAGGCUCCGUCGAUUAUAUUUAUUGACGAGAUUGAUGCUGUGGCAAAAAGCCGUGACGGCAAAUUCAGAAUUGUCAGCAAUGAUGAGAGAGAGCAAACUCUGAAUCAGUUGCUCACUGAGAUGGAUGGUUUUGACAGUAGCUCUUCUGUUAUUGUUCUUGGAGCUACGAAUCGAGCCGAUGUCUUAGACCCCGCCUUGCGUCGUCCCGGGAGAUUCGAUCGUGUUGUUUUGGUGGAAACACCUGACAGAACUGGAAGAGAAGCCAUUUUGAAAGUGCAUGUUUCAAAGAAGGAGCUUCCUCUAGGAGAUGAUGUCAAUCUUGGCGAUAUCGCCUCAACGACCACCGGUUUCACCGGGGCAGACCUUGGAAACCUGGUAAAUGAAGCCGCUUUGCUGGCCGGAAGGAAGAGCAAGACGACUGUUGAGAAAAUAGACUUUGUUCAGGCUGUGGAGCGGUCUAUAGCUGGCAUAGAGAAGAAAACUGCUAAGUUACAAGGCGGUGAGAAGGCCGUGGUUGCAAGACAUGAAGCUGGGCAUGCUGUUGUCGGCACAGCCGUUGCAAAUCUUCUUUCUGGGCAGCCACGUGUGGAGAAACUAAGCAUAUUGCCGAGAUCCGGAGGGGCAUUGGGCUUUACAUACAUUCCUCCAACCAGUGAAGACAGAUAUCUGCUCUUCGUUGACGAACUACGUGGCCGUUUGGUUACCCUUCUCGGAGGACGUGCAGCAGAAGAAGUUGUUUACUCAGGGCGUGUUUCGACAGGUGCACUUGACGAUAUUAGACGGGCAACUGACAUGGCGUACAAGGCGGUAGCUGAAUAUGGUCUGAACCAGAAAAUCGGCCCCGUGUCUCUGUCCACACUUUCUGGUGGCGGGAUUGAAGAUUCCGAGGGCUCAGCCUUUGGAAGAGAUCAGGGACAACUGGUCGAUCUUGUUCAAAGUGAGGUGACAAAAUUACUGCAAGCUGCCUUGGAUGCUGCACGGUGUGUGGUACGAGCUAAUCCAGAUGCACUGGAAGGGCUCGGGGCUCGACUAGAAGAGAGAGAGAAAGUGGAAGGAGAAGAACUGCAGGAAUGGUUGGAUAUGGUAGUGGCCCCAAAGGAACUUGCUCUCUUUGUCAAUGGCACGAGCUAAGCCCCCCUUUAUCAUCCUCGUGCAUUUCUGUAUCUCGGCUCGGGCCAUGCUGCUCUUUGUUUUUUUGGUUGCGGCCAGCCAGGGUUAUACCGUCGAAAUAACACGUGUAGAAGGAGCUCUUUUGCUUGAUGGGUUGGAAUAUUUGUAAGAACUUUUUGAGUGUAAUUGGCAAAAUUGUAUCUAUUGAUUCAGAUGCAUAUAUAUAAGAGCCUACAUAUAUAACGGUGGUCCAGCCCUCGGCUUUUUCAAUGUGUUCACUCUUGUAACAUGGGGUUUGUAGAAGAUUCAACUGAUGAUAUUAUUACAAACCCUUUUGACUCUCUCCCUUUCUCCCCCGUAAUCGCAGGAUCUCAAGUUCUUGUAUUGAAUAAACAAUGGGUUUCCUAUAUUAUGAGACACACAAAUCAAAUGUUCAAACUGCUUGUAUGCAUGUAGAGAUGAUAAUGUGUCAGCUGAACCAAAUUGAAAUGAAACGAAAUGGAUGAUAUUGCAUCAUGAAGGAAUAAUUUUGAUCAUUUAAAGCAAAAGGGACAGAACAUGGAUAGAAUUCAACGGGCUGUCAUUUCUUGGCGAAGAGCCCACCGAAGCCACCGUUCUUCUUCGGCGGCACCGCCACCGAGUUCUUGUCGCCGCCGUCGACCUUCUUAAGGAUGGGAUCCGUCUCGUAGAACUGAUCUUGUUUCGUCAAAUUCCCCAGCAACCAAUCGAUAAAACCCUUCUCCUCCUUCGCUACCGACGCUGCUCCCUUCGCCGCCGUCGCUUUUACCCUCACCGUCGCCGGAGCGAAGCUUAUCACGAUCGACGACGCCAUUUGAACCUCUCUCUCUCUCUCUC